AUGUCUCAAGAGCGUAAAGAGGCACAGCUACGUAAACAAUUAGACUACAUCAAGGAGAUGUCUGAGACUGAACGGUCAGAAAUCUUAUCAGCCGCGGACAAAGAGAGCUCAGACGAGACAAAAGCGACGAUGGAUAAAGAGCAGCACAAAAUCGACUUGGAAUUUGAGAAACAGAUCAAGCGCUCCGACGUCAAAAAGCGGAUUGCAGGGUCGCAAAAGAUGAGUGCUGCGCGCUUACAGUUACUUAAAGCUGAAGACGCACACAUCCAAAAACUUGUCGAGGUAGUUCGUGCCCAGUUAGUUGCAUCGACACAAAACACGGAAUACGCCGAUAUAUUGAUCAAGUUGGUUAUGCAAGGGGUUAAAAAAGUCGAAGACAACAACGUCACAAUCAAUUGUCUCCAAAAGGAUCUCCCUGUCGUUAAAAAGGCAGUCAAAGACGCAAAGGAAAAGUUCCCAAAAGUCAAUAUCACUGUCGACGAGACUUUCUUUUUGGAGGACAAAGUCAUUGGAGGUGUUACUGUUGCCUCUAUGGGGGAUAGAAUAGUUUGUAAUAACACUUUGGAACAUAGAAUGAAUCAGGCUUUGUUGGUAGCACUCCCAAAGGUAAGAAGUAUUGUUUUCCCUUCACUUAAGACUCAGAUACCAGUACAUUGA